AUGCUACCAAACUACCCGUAUGCCCAGGGUAGCCACCGCAUGGCCCCCCCAGUGCGGCCAUCUCGGUCCCUAGAAGGUCUCGAGCGAGUCAUUCCGCCUUCCAAGUUCCCCACCCGCGACCUAUUUCUCAACAAACCCUUACCCGCAAAACCGGUCCCUGACGAGCCCGCCGAGUACUCCUCCGGCAUGUGGUCCGACUCUAGCGAUAGCGAGAGUGAAAGUAUCGUCGAUUCAGGGAGUCCGAGUGAGCCUCGCAAUUCCACCGAGUCCUAUCCCAUCUUCGUCAGCUCCGGUUCCGAUGACUUCAAUAUGGUUGAUCAUCCGGUACCUGUAGAUCAGCUUAGUUUGGGUCCGAUCCGCACUUCUCCACAACGCUUUCUCUCCAGCGACUCGCGCACAGACUCGAUCGUCUCGGAGGUGUCUGCCAUCUCGGUGGUGUCUGGGACAGAUAGUGUGGCCGAACCGUCGGAUGCUCAGUACGGUAGACCGAGCCACUGGACACAAGGUCGAACGGGCACGAACCACUACUUUAGAGAGAAGAAGUGGGAUUUCUUCCCGGAAUUGGCGACCCCGUCAGCUUUGCAGGCCAGUGGGCGAGCCAGCCCGGGUAUCAAGACGGGGAAAUCACGAAAGAAGGAAGGUCGGCUGAAUCUCGCGGCUAAGCGGCGUCGAUGGCAUUCUCUCGAUCGGGCAGGCCUGGGACUAGCUCACGGUGUUCGAGAUUCGAUCAAAACAUACGUCCACCGCACGCUCUCGAAGGACUCGGGCGAGGGUCGCGACACCAAGGCUAAAGAAUCACCACGGCCACGAACAGCCCCAUUCGACCAACCCAACGAUCAAGAAACAUACCCCCGACCAAAGACUCAACAAUCAUCCCUGGACCUAGCCGUCCAACUACGGACCUUAUCAAUCUCAACAUCCUCCAGCCCCCUCGAACCACCCUCAAGCCCCCGCUCAAUCCGUACCCAACGCUCAGUACCAAUUCAACGGCCAAAGCAACUCGCAGUGCCCAUGUCACCGUACCAAAAGUACGGCUCUGCCAUUUGGGAAACCCCCAAGAAAUCAAACUCAAAGCACACUCUCCACCUAUCCCCCAACCCAGACGCUGGCCCCUCCUCACCAGACUUCAUCUACGCGAACCCUACACCGCCGCUCUCCCCAUCAUUCAAGACCCAGUUGCAUCAAAAUACCCGAAAUGCUGCACGCGCACUGCAGGGUGGAACGAGCCACGUCCUCGUCGCUCCUCGAUGGCGCAAAGCGCAAAAUCUCGGAAUCGAAAGACGAGCGGAGACGCGAGGCAUUGAAGUCUCAAAUCAAGCUUAUUGGUCCUGUGAACUCGUACUCCUACAACCAGGGUGA